AUGUACGUUGUGGUAUCCCUGGUGAUAAGUCGUAUAAAGUUCAUCGGAGGCGGCUUGGCGCUUGUACCGUUUAACGCUAAAACAUGCGUUUCAUCGCCGUGCAGAAUGGAGGCCUAUGGCCUGUCAAAGGAGCUGUUGGAAAGGUGGAGGGGGUGUCCAUGUGGUAUUCGCGAGCAGAACUGUGGUUCGGAUUGCCUGACAUGUGAAAUUCUGAGGGAAAGCGCAGGUACUUGGAUCACCGAGGCGGAGAAGAUCCGUAAGGCCGCCGAGGAUAAGGCUAGGGAAGCAUAUGACAAGUUGAAGGUUAAUGCUGAAUUGAGCAAGAAUGUUGAGAAAAUUGUUAACGCCAAUAAGACAAUUAAAGAAGUUAAUAAGAGCCUUGAAACUGUACAUAGCAUUUUGGAAACGUGGAAGGGUCAGGCCAGCAGUGUGCUUCAAGGGGCGAUUGACAGGGCCAAUGAGGUACAUGAUGCUUUGGAAAUGGAUACUGGCUCAGGGUAUUUGAAGACACAAAUUGGUAAUAUUAGCUCAGCUAGAGAACAAAUUGAAUCUGCAAACUCACAACUUGCCACCGAAGUUGCCAACUUAGGCAAGUGGAAGACUGCCGCCCAGGGUGUUAUUACCAAGGCGGAGGGGAAGUGUGACAAAAUUUUGGAGAAAGUUAAAACAGAUAAAGGUUCUCCAGGUCCGAUUUAUGAGAAUGCUCAAACUUUAGAAAGUCAGGGUAAAAAGCUUUUGACUGCGGCGACUGAGGCCAAAGAUGAAGUUGGCAAGAAAGUCGGUGACGCACUGAAAGCUGUUGUGGAGAUGGACAAAUCUCUCAAGAAGGAUUUGAAGGAAGUUAAAGAUAAGAUUAAAUUGGGGAUAGGGAGUGUGAUUAAGAAGUUGGAAGUUGAUAAGUUGGAUGAUAAAGUGAAGAGUGAUUUGCAGAGUUUGAGGGAGAAGAUUAUGAAUCUCAACCAGAAUGAUAAGCUUGUUACGGAUAAGUUGGAGGCACUUAAAACGCAGAAAGAUGCACUUGAUAAAAUUGCUGGUGAGGAUGGGUCAAUUAAGAACCAAACGGAUAAACUUGUUGACAACUUUAACAAAGAAAUCAAGACUCCGCUUGACGGUAAAGUCCAAGCAGUUAACCAGGCGAUUGGGACGCUUGGCGAGAAGUUUGGUCUGCCUGAGGGAAAGAAAGAUAAGCUUGCACAAAUUUUCGGGCAUAUUAAAGAACAAGUUGGGGAGAUUAAGGGGGAGGCGGGAACAUGGAAUAGUUCUAAACGUAUGAAUGAAGGCUCGGGUCUUCUGGGUAUUUUUAGUAGACUGCAGAAUUAUGCUAAGGUUAUUGGCGAAAAUGUGGUUAAGACUAGUGGAGGAACUGUGAGCGGCUGGGUUGAAAAGAUUCUGAAUGGGAAUGUGUUGGUUGGUGGAUGGAUUGAUGAGUAUGUUAGUCAUAACAAUAACAAAUUUCAAGAUAGUACAGUGACUGCCGAAAAUCAAAAGAUCCAGAAAGUGAAAACCGUCAUACAGAAUAAGAUUCAAGAACGUAUUAGAAUCGUUAAACCGAAACCAACGGGUACGAAAGAUGUUGGUGAAACUUUGAAGGAGAUUCAGGCGUUUCAUAAUGCCGUCUCUCAAACGAUUAAGGCAGAGCUCGCCCCGGAUAAGGCCGACGAGAUUGCAGGGAAGGUUAAGAGUGAUGUGUAUUAUGCGGGGGGAGGCAACAAAAUUGAACAUCUCCAAGGCGCAAUCAAGUCCACCCUCGCACAGCUGCCUGUGCUGGUCAAAAAUUCGGGAGACGAAAUAAACACAUUCGCCGACAGCAACGCCGCACUUGCCAAGUUGGACGGCAUUCUUAAACAAGCCACCACGCUUCACGGCCAGCUUAAAGCGGCGACUAACCCUGACCCUCCCACCGCCACACAAAGCCCCGCCGAAGCCGUGGACAAUACGUUGAAGGUGGUGAGGGAUUUCGUGGAAGGAAACAAGCUUAGUCAGAACUUUAAAGAUAAAGUGACGGAUGAACUUAGCAAAGCAUUUACUGCACUUCCCGAAGCCGUUCGCGAUUUCGACAAGCAAGCUCAAAACCAGAUCAAGGAGGCCGCCAAGACGGCGAUUGAGAAGGCGGCUGGGGAGAUUGAGAUGGACAAUAGUAAUCAACAAGUUAACUUGAAGACAACGGUGCCGCAAUUUGAUACUCACUUCACUACGAUUAAAGAUCCCGAACAUGGUCUCCAAAAGCAACUUGAACAGCAAGUUGAUGAGCACAUUGGGGGGGAUGAUCCGGCAGGUGGUAAGGGUGCUAAAGUAGAGAAAGUCAUCAUCGAUAAAACACAAUUCAAUAAUUACGAUAAUCACGUCAAACAAAUGUCAGCAGGCCUUAAGGCCGGUAAGCUAGAAGGCAUUAAAGACGAAGGCCAACUUCCACUGGCGAUCGGGAACAUCAAGAAUCAUGGUCUGAAAGAGCUUGAAAAUGCUUUAGGUGACAGUGAAUGA